UACCCCUCUUUUCUCUGUUGUUGGAUGCCAGACACCUUGUGGUUUCAGUGAGCUGUGGAAGAGGGGUGGGUGCUGGCAAAAGUGUGAAUGUCUGAGUUUGUGUGUCUGUGUGUGUGUUUACUCUUCCUAUGAGCGUGUGCAGAAGGUGAAGAAGACGAACAAAGAAGCUCCAACAUAUUGAAGAAUACAACUUUUCUCACAGUCGACCAGAAUGGCUGCUGCUGUCCGCACGCUAUUGCUGCUGGCGUGGACGGCCAUCUGCAGCGGGACUCUGGUCGUGGUGAACUCGGGUGUGAAGGUUACCAGAGGUCGAUCAGUGUUCAUCACAGAGAUGGAGCUGAAGAUCAAUGUUGGUCCGACUUCAGACUGUAAGGUGGAGGUGGUGAUGAAUGAACCAAUCACUCAGAGAGUGGGGAAGCUGACUCCACAGGUGUUUGACUGCUGCUUCUUAGAGGAUGAGGUGAAGUACUCCCACAAUGGAAAUCCUCUGCUGGACAAGGACACAGUGAUGCUGAGAAUCUACAGGUUCACGUCUUCUGACACACUGGUGGAGACCGUGGUUCUGGCGGUGCAGGUGGAAGACUCGGGAUGUGGUGUGGUGCAGCUCGGGAGCACUCCGCUGGUGGUUCCUGUGUUCUACGGUUUAUCCAACUCCAUCGAUGGCUCUGUCUUAAACAUCCGGAGCUCAGCAGACUUGGUCUGCACCGUCAGGCUGAUGAGCACUGACACCAGCGUCCCUGCUCUGGGUCGGCUGGUUAGGGAGGAAGACCCCACACAGAGGAAGGGCAGAGAGACAGCGUCCCUCUGUCAGGGAAACAAACCCUGUCUUCAUGACACCAACCAGGUUGGUUUUCUCAAAACAAGCUGUCAGGACUUCCUGAGCUCCGGCCUGAAGUACCAGCACCUCAACCCUCCGUCACCAGAGAUCGACUACGUCCCCAUCAGGGUGGAGCUGAGGGAGAAGGCCAGCAGGGCUCUGCUGGAGGCAGAGACGGUGUGGUUACCAGUUCUGAUCCACGGGGCCAUGCAGAACCAGCCGCCUCAAGCCGUCUUCAUGGCUUCCUUCAUCCUGGAGGUGGACCAGUUCAUCCUCACCCCGCUCACCACGGCUUCUCUGGAUGCUAAAGAUCCUGAGACGCCGCAGGAGAGGCUGAUUUUUAACAUGACCAGCCCCCCCUCCGAGGGCUACAUCACCCACCUUGAUGACCACACAAAGCCCGUCACGUCCUUCACCUGGCUGGACCUACACGAGAUGAAAGUUGCAUACCAGCCGCCCAACAGCAGUCAAUCACAACGCAGGAACUACGAGGUGGAAUUCCAGGUAAUAGACGGGUCCUACAUCACCAGCCCGCCCUUCAUGGUCCAUAUUUCCAUCAGGGUGACUGAAACAAACGCACCUAGAGUCUCCUGGAACAUGGGUUUGGACCUGCUGGAGGGUCAGUCCCGACCGGUCACCUGGGAGGAGCUGCAGAUAGUAGACAACGACAACAUCGAUAAAGUCUACCUGGUGGCUGUUGACGGACCGCUACAUGGACGCCUUAGUGUCAGAGGUGGGAAGGCGUUCAUGUUUCGUGUGCGGGAUCUGAGGGAGGGUGUUGUCGUAUACCAUCACUCGGACAGCGAUACCACCCGCGACCACAUCAUCUUCCGCAUCAGCGACGGCCGUCACAGCAUUCGCCACAAGUUCUCCAUCAACAUUCUGCCCAAAGACGACUCCCCGCCCUUUCUCAUCAACAACGUGGCAGUUGAGGUGCAGGAAGAUGGCGCCUUGCGGCUGGAGGAGUUCAUGCUGUUGGCCUCCGACCUGGACUCCAGCGACGACUACAUUUUGUACCAGGUGACCUCCAGCCCUAGGGCGGGGCAGCUGGUCAGGAAGACCUCCGCCCAGGACACAGGAGACCCAGUGGAGAGUUUCCUGCAAAGAGAUCUGAUCCAGGGUCAGAUCUACUACCAGCACUCAGGAGAGGAACAGUUUGAGGACUCCUUCGACUUCACGCUGUCUGACAGCCACCAGCCGCCCAACCUCUCCCAGAUAUAUACGGUGGUGGUGCAUGUUUUCCCGGUGAAGGACCUGCUACCGGUGGAGUUCUCUGGCAGCAUUCGCUCCCUGACGGUUAAGGAGACGGAGGUGGUUUAUGUCACUCAGGCUCACCUCCACUUCACCGACCCGGAGCAUCCAGACACAGACCUGUACUACGUCAUCACACAGCCCUGCUACAUCACGCUGCAUCCUGGGCUGACGGAUGCGGGACGUCUUUUCUACACAGACACCACGAGCAGCAUGAAGAGAGACCACAUGGUGCCGGUGUUAAAGGCCUUCACACAGCACGCAGUGAACCACAGGAAGGUGGCCUUCAUGCCUCCAGUAGAGGACAUCGGCCCAGAUCCACUGUUUGUCCAGUUUGUCUUUUCCAUCAGCGACCACCUCGGCGGAACCAUCUCCAACCUUGUCUUCAACAUCACCGUCCUCCCUGUGGAUGACCAGGCACCAGAGGCUUUCACCAACCUGCUGCGGGUGGAGGAGGGUGGAGGGGCCUUUGUGACUGAGGAACACCUCCUGGUUAAGGACCGGGACAGUUGGGAGGAGGUUCUGAGGGUGGAGAUGCAGAGAACGGCUGACCAUGGCAGGCUGGAGCUACAGGGCCGGAUGCUGCUGCAGGGACAAUCAUUCACCCUGCACGACCUGAGGGGACUCCGACUCAGGUACAUUCACGAUGACUCUGAGACUGCGGAGGAUAAAGUCCAUCUGAAGGUGACGGAUGGGCUGAACUCAGCUGACGUCGUCCUGCUCAUACAGGUUCUGCCGAUGAACGAUGAACCUCCCCAGCUGGGUGGGGGUCUGCGAGGGGAGCUGAGCUGCCAGGAGGGGGGGCGGGUCCAGAUCACAGUGGACUACUUGUCGGCCACAGAUCGGGACAGCGAGGACUCCAGGCUGACUUACAUGCUGGCUCGGAGUCCUGGCCGGGGGGCGCUGCAGAGAGAGGGGCUGAACGUGGACAAGUUCUCCCAGCAGGACCUGCUGCAGGGACACGUCUACUACGUCCACACUGGAGGGGAGAUUGGACCUGAUCCAGUGGUGGACAGUGUCACCCUCAUCAUCUCUGACGGGGAGGCUGGAGGAACAGACGGCUGUUGCCACGGAGAUGCCCCUCCCCCACCAGUGCCUCUUCAUGGUACACUUCCUGUGUACGACCUCAACAUCACCAUUCUUCCUGUCAACAAUGAAGUCCCAUCCAUCACUCUGGGUAUGUCCAUGUUGGUGGUGGAUGAGGGCUCUUCUUCCUGUCUUUGUGGGGGGGUCCUGGCAGCUACAGACCCUGACAGUCACCCUGAUCAGCUGACCUUUCACUUGGAGACUCUUCCCCUUCACGGCUACCUGGAAAACACACUGCCAACGCCAGGCUCCGAGAAGAGCAACGCAGGAGUCCGAGUCGAAUCUUUCAGUCUUGUCCACCUGAACUUGGGUUUAAUCAACUACAUCCAAUCAGAAAGCAAAGGGGCAGAGCCAACUAUCGACCAGCUGUCCAUCAGUGUAAGUGAUGGGUUGCACCGCUCCGCCCCCAUCCCCUUUUCCAUCAUCAUCAAUCCAACCAAUGAUGAGACGCCUUCACUUCUGCUCGCCAACUUCACGGUGAAGGAGGGUGGGAUGAGGGAGCUGACUCCGUCUAUUCUGAACGGUUUUGAUCUGGACGGCCCCCUGGAUACUCUGACUUUCACAGUGGUGCAGCCGCCGGCUCACGGGAGUCUGAUCAACGGCAUCCAUGGCACAGAGACGAGCCGCUACAAGGACAUGGGAGUGGAACUGCUGCAGAAGAGCCUCCCCAUCACCUCCUUCACCCUGCAGGAGCUCCAUCAAGGCAUGAAGAUCGUGUACAUGCACGAUGACACAGAAACCCAGAAGGAUGCUGUGGCUCUGCAGCUGACAGAUGGUGUCCACACAGUCCAGGGGAUGGCACAGGUCACCGUGCUGCUGGUCAACGACGAGAGGCCACGACUGCUUAAGAACGCUGGGUUGGAAGUGGACCCUGGUGAGCGCAGGGUGAUCUCCAGCGUGGCUCUGGAGGCCGAGGACCCGGACACCUCCCCACAGCAUCUGUUCUACUUCCUGAACGCUGCACCACGCUUCGGAAAGCUUCAGAUAAAGACGGAGUCGGCUUGGACCGAGCUGUCAGCCGGACAGAACUUCACUCAGGACGAUGUGGAGAUGAACCGCCUGUGGUACGCUCAUACUGCCGCUUCAAACGCCGCUGGGUUCAAAGGUCACGACAGCUUCCGUUUCAUUCUCAGCGACCUGGACAACGAGACUCCUGCUCAGAGCUUCUUCAUCUCCGUCCACACUGUGCAGAAAGGUGAGCUGCUGCUGCUGAGCAGGGGGGUGCAUCUGAUGGAGGGACAGCGGGUCGCCCUGAACACCGACAUCCUGCUGGCUUCGGACUCUUCGGGCCUCCCAGAGGAGCUGGUCUACACGCUAUCCGUCCCGCCCCGGCACGGCCUGGUCCACGCCGUCCAGCUGCCGGGCAUCCCUCUGGGCAGCUUCACUCAGCUGGAUGUAGCCGCACAUCGAGUGUGCUACACCCAUGACAACAGCCACCACGCAGAUACAGACUCCUUCAGUUUCGUGGUCACCAACGGCGACUCGUCCCGCAGCGGCACACUGCACUUCACCAUUGAGCACGGUGACCGCAUCCCACCAACCCUCCACCACAACACCGGCCUCCAGCUGCAGGACGGCUCCACGGAGACCGUCACCCCCGCCCAGAUGCAGCUAACCGACCCCGACACCGCCACCUCCAGCCUGAGCUUCGUCAUCACACAGCCGCCCCGCCAUGGCAGACUGCUGCUGAGAGGAGUCCCUCUGUUUCCCCCAUUAAAGUUCACCCAAACAGAUGUGGACCAGCUGAACCUGGCUUACCAACAUAACCUAGGCAGCCUAGAGGACACUGACAGGUUCUACUUCCUGCCGACCGACGGGACCAACAGCGGGUACCUGGAGUUUGGACACCUGAGGGAAGAGCCAGCUGUCUUUAACAUACAGGUGGAUCGUGUGGAUAGAUUACCUCCUAGUUUGUCCACCAGGCAGAGUCCGAGCACUGUGGUGGGUCUAGGCGGCGGCCGGUAUGGCAUCUUCAUCACCUCCAAACACCUGCAGGCCUCCGACCCCGACAGCCCCGCGGAGGAGCUGGAGUUCUCCAUCAGCAGGCCUCCGCAGUUCGGCUACCUGGAGAACGCUCUCACAGGAGCAUACAUGAAAGGUCGUUUCACGCAGCGGGACGUGGACCAGCGCGCCGUGGCCUUCGUACUCCCCGACGACAUGGAAGUGACGGCGGACAGCUUCCAGUUCCUCCUCACCGACCCUGCAGGAAACACCAUGCUGCCCCAAACACUGGAGCUGUCCUGGUCUCGGGUGGAGCUGUCGGCGACCUGCUACAGAACCUGCGAGACGGCAGGGACGCUUCAGAUCCAAAUCCAGCGCAGUGGGGGGAGCAUCGACCCGGCAUAUGUCGCCAUUCAGGUGGAGGAAAGUUCGGCCAAACUGGGGAGGGAUUUCACUCACAGCACCGCUGCUCUUAUCCAGUUUGACUCAGGAGUGAGUGUGAAAACCUGGAACAUUUACCUGAUAGACGACGGUCUGGAAGAAAACCACGAGACAUUCACUGUCACCCUGAAAAAUGCAAAAAAUGCUGUGCUGGGACAGAGGACGUCAGCUAGUGUCGAGAUAGUGGACCCCAGAGGAGGAAAGUGUAAUCCAGAUGACCUAAUGGUUGAGGAGGAGGAUGAGCGACACCUUACCCGCCCCCCUCUGGCUCACCUCCCCGACCCACCCAGAGUGAAGGAGGAGGACAGCGUCACAGACAUCGAGGCAGAGCUGCUGUGGGAGAACCAGCCCCACCCUCCUCGAGGAGACGUCCCUAACCGCAGGCCCUACCUGGAAUACAGGGAGGGGGAACCACAAGAUCAGGCGGCCCCCAGCAGCCACAACCACAGAUCCUCCCCCAGUACUGGGAGCUCCGGGAGCUCUGUACCCAGGGUCAGGCAAGGAGGAUUAAAGGUCCAGCUGUCAGGAGGGAGGUCCAAGGAGAAGGUCUGGACGUUCCACAGUCUGACUCCUCUCCGGCUGGAGGAGCUGAAGCCGGGUGACACUGACCCUCCUCAGAAGGAUCAUCCAGAACCCAGACACCACCCAGAGCUACGUCAGCGCAAGACGGGGAGGUCAGCGAGCAGCCGGUGUGCUGACGGCUGGACUCACUACAGGAGGCGCUGUUACACCGUCAGCUCGUCUGUGGCCAGCUGGGCUAGCGCAGAGAGGAGCUGCUCAAUGCUGUUCAACAGCAGCCUGACCGGCGUGAGCUCCAGAAGGGACAUGAACUGGCUGUGGAAGUUUGCAGGGAGGAAGCCGUUUUGGAUCAGUCUGUCUGUAGGUCUGAGUCGCUGGAUGUGGGCUGACGGUCAGUCAGUCUCUUUCUCCAGACUGCGGGAGGAGGCGCUGCUGGGCUCUGACUGUGUGCUGGUUGAAAACCACAGAAGCUGGAUCUCCACAAGCUGCUCCCCCGAAACUCAACAUGCAUUCAUCUGUUCCUCGCAGGCUCACACUCACUGAGAGGGCUCUGUCGUAAUAACCUCUUUGAAUAUGUUUAAGUCAUUUGAUACAAAACAUGCUGCGCUGUACCAUAGUUUUCAUAUUUUUGUCAUA